AUGUCGGCGGAACAGUAUGGCGCCAGACUUCUGGAGGAUGUGCAGGAAGAGAGCCUCGAGCAGUUUCUAGCAGAGGUCAGACUGAGAUCGCAUCGACUUCCAGUUCCUCACAGCCAAGAUGUCACGACCACUUCAUUCGCCAGGCUUCAUGCCUUGUUGGAUCCCGCGGGCGUACGGAACGUCCCCGGACCUCCGACGACUCGACAGGCGGGUUUAGAAAUACCUACAACACACAUCACAGCUCCAGAAGUUGACCCCAGUGGCGGCGGAGGCGGUGGUGAGGUCGAAGGCGAAGAUGAACGUCACGACAUCUCGCAUCCGCAUCGGGGAUAUCAGAGACUCACCUCACCGACAACAACCGUCGAAAUAACAUCCCGCAAAUCCUCCUGCGGCAAGACGACGCUCCUCUACCAUCUUUCCGCCCUGGCAGCACUGCCCAAGACCCACGGCGGUCGAGAGUCAAUGGUGGUGUACAUUGACAGCGAUGGUACCUUCUCAGCGACCCGCCUCCACCGAACAAUGCAGCACUGUCUACUAUUAUCAUUAAGGUCGUCUACGCGAGCACAACAACAAGACCGACAAGGAGUUGACAUGACAGCACCUCUGGGCUCUGACAAGACUCUCCAUCAGACCGUGGCUCGCGAUGCCCUAACUCACGUGCUCGUAUUCCGUCCUCAAUCGUCAACACACCUCAUCGCGAUCCUCGACUCACUACCGACACUGCUCCUCGACAGGACCAAACACUCCAGUAUCUAUCGCCCUCUGGGACUUGUUGUUCUUGAUUCCGCACUCUCGUUCUACUGGCAGGAUAGACUGGACAGGGACAUGGCUCGUCUGCAACCCAGGAUGCCAGCAGCAGCAGGAGCAGCAGCAGCAGCAGCAGCGGGAGGAGGAGGAGGAGGAUCAGGAGUAGGGGUAGGGGUAGGCACGGCAGUGCCAGGGCCGUCGUUCACCGAGACCACCACCACUACUACUCGUACCGGGGCCCCGUCACUGCCGCCGCCACAGCCGAGUCCUCGACCGCGGACAUCACAGAUCAUCGAGCGCUUGCAGAACGUACAAAAGAAAUUCGAAUGCGCCGUCGUGUUUAGCACGACCACGAACCCGAACACUCAUACUCCUGCUUCCAAAGAAUCAAACACUACGAGUACGAGCACUACUGGAUCGGUCUAUGCUAGGCCCGCUCAGAAUCAGACACCGACACCGAUACAAGCACCACCACCGCCGCCACCACCACCACCCAAUGAAACUACACCAGCGAUAUCACCGUGGACCGCAUACGCCAGUCUCACCCUACACCUGGACAAGGCUCGUGUUCCGCAGUUUGCGCCGCAGAUGUCACUGGAAGAGUGUCUUCGAGACGCAGAGAAGCGGUUCGACGCCGUGCGGUCUGCAAGGAUAGUCGCCACUGUCACUAAGAGUGCGAGUACGAAUGCUGGUGGGAAGCGCGAUCUCGAGGGGCAAAGGGGGCUUCAACGAAGACAAAGCCACGGGUUCACGUUCAAAAUCAGUGACGGAGGAUGCAUCGACUUUGAAGAAGAGGAUACAACAAGACCAUGA